CGCAGCCUUAGUGUAUGCCUGUGAAUGUGUGCAUGACAGUGUGUGUGUAUAAUUUCUUUCUCUUUUUUUCUCUUCAAACUUGUAGACAACGACUAUUCAAUAAUGGCUCGUUGUCUCAAAAGCAAUUCAGCAAGAUGUAUGGUUGCUUCCCUUGUGAUCAUUGUGAUAGUGAUACUCAUUGUUGUGCGCAUUGUGUUAUCCAAUACCUGCUAUAAUAAUGCAGCAGUGGCGGCUGAUGCCAGGAAGUGCUCUGAGAUCGGAAGGGAUAUCCUGCAGCGCAAUGGUUCAGCAGUGGAUGCUGCUAUCGCUGCUCUGCUGUGUGUGAGUCUGGUUAAUGCUCAGAGUAUGGGCAUCGGUGGAGGACUGGUGUUCACCAUAUACAAUGCUUCAUCAGGAAAAGUGGAGACCAUUAACUCUAGAGAAACUGCUCCGAUGAGCGCUUCAGAGAACAUGUUUGGUACAAACCCAGAGAAAGCAAAACCAGGUAAACCACAGUAA